UUUUGUUCGAAGCUGAUACUUCUGCCUGAGCCACAAGUGCUGCUUGGAAAGGGCUCAGGUUGUUUCCAGGGGGUAGGACUCUGCAGAGAAGAGACAAAGUUCAACAGGACAACAAAGGAGCAGCAGAAACAGCCAGGAAAAGGAAGAGCCCUCACGCUUUCACACAGAGCCCCCUAUCAGAGUUCUCCAAACCUAAGUUAUUCUGCAAAGGGCCACUUGACCGGAAUUUUUGCCUGCCUUUUCCUUUCUCCAACCACCAUGACUGAGAUCACGGCUGAAGGAAAUACAUCUACGACCACAACUGUGGUAGACAGCAAGAAUGGAUCUGUGCCCAAAUCCCCUGGGAAAGUGGUGAAGAGGACAGUCACAGAAGAUAUAGUGACGACAUUCAGUUCCCCAGCAGCCUGGCUUCUGGUCAUUGCUCUGAUCAUCACGUGGUCAGCUGUGGCCAUUGUUAUGUUUGACUUAGUGGAUUACAGAAACUUUUCAGCAAGCUCUAUUUCCAAGAUGGGCUCAGAUCCUCUAAAACUUGUACAUGACGCUGUGGAGGAAACCACGGACUGGGUCUAUGGCUUCUUUUCUUUGUUGUCUGACAUCAUCUCGUCUGAGGGUGAUGAAGAAGAUAAUGAUGAUGGAGACAAGGACACUGAUAAAGGAGAAGUAGAGGAGCCUCCCUUGAAAAAAAAAGAAAUACACAAAGAAAAGACUGAAAAGCAGGAGAAAACUGAAAGGAAAAUACAAACUAAAGUUACACACAAAGAGAAAGAAAAAGACAAAGAAAAAGGAAAACCUGAAAAGAAAGCAACUCACAAGGAAAAAAUUGAGAAAAAAGAAAAACCAGAAACAAAGACAGUGGCAAAAGAAGAGAAGAAACCUAAGACUAAAGAAAAGACUGAAGAAAAGAUUAAAAAGGAAGUGAAAGGUGCAAAACAGGAGAAGGUGAAGCAAACAGCUGCAAAAGUAAAAGAAGCACAGAAAACAUCACCUAAACCCAAAGAGAAGGACAAGAAAGACGCUGCAGUGGUGUCCAAGCAUGAACAGAAAGAUCAGUAUGCAUUCUGUCGAUAUAUGAUUGACAUAUUUGUCCAUGGGGAUUUAAAACCAGGACAAAGCCCAGCCAUACCACCUCCAUUACCAACAGAACAAGCUUCUGGACCCACUUUGGCAUCACCAACUCCUGAAGAAAAAGAAGAAGAAAAGAAGAAAGCUGAGAAUAAAGUGACUUCCGAAACAAAAAAGAAAGAAAAAGAAGAUGUCAAAACGAAAACUGAGAAGGAAACUGCCAUGGAUGUAAAGAAAAAAGAUCCUGGCAAAGUCCCAGAAGCCAAACAAGGGACAAUAAAAAUUGCAGCACAAGCAGCAACUAAAAAAGAUGAAAAGAAGGAAGAUUCCAAGAAAACAAGAACAACUGCAGAAGAACUACCCAAGGGAAAAAAACAGGAAAAGAAAGAAAAACAUGUAGAACCAGCAAAGUCACCAAAGAAGGAGCAUUCAGCUCCAAGUGAAAAACAAGUUAAAGCAAAAACUGAACGAGCCAAAGAAGAGGUUGGUGCUGCCUCAACUAAAAAAGCUGUACCUGGAAAGAAGGAAGAGAAAACAACCAAGACAGUGGAGCAAGAAAUUAGAAAAGAAAAAUCCGGGAAGACUUCAUCAGUUCUGAAGGAUAAAGAGCCUAUUAAGGGAAAAGAAGUGAAGGUUCCAGCUUCCCUAAAGGAAAAAGAACCUGAAAUUAAAAAACAUGAAAAGAUGUCCAAAGCAGGCAAAGAAGUCAAGCCCAAGUCUCCACAGCCACAAAUAAAAAAAGAAGAUAAGCCAGAGUCACAAGUUAAAAAGGAAGCAAAACCAGCUUCAUCCGAAAAAGCUCAAAUACACAAACAAGACAUAGUGAAACCAGAAAAGACUGUUUCUCAUGGUAAACCAGAUGAAAAAGUUGUCAAGCAGGCAAAAGCUAUCACAAUAGAAAAAACAGUCAAACCCAAACCAACAAAAAAAGCUGAACAUCAAGAAAAAGAAUCUCCAUCUAUAAAAACAGACAAACCAAAACCAACUCCAAAGGAAACAUCAGAAGUAACAGCAUCAGUGAAGAAGAAAAUUGAAAAAUCUGAAAAGGAAAGUAAAGAAAAAGCAGAAAUGAAACAUCUUAAAGAAGAAAAAGUGCCAACUAGAAAAGAAGGUCUUCAAUUAUACAAUGUGACAAAAGCAGAAAAACCUGCAAGAGUAUCAAGAAAAGAUUCUGAAGAUGUACCAGCUUCAACGAAAGCUAAAGAAGAAGCUGAAGAUGUGCCUUCCACAAAGAAGCAAAAAAGCCCCAUCAGCUUCUUCCAGUGUGUCUACUUGGAUGGCUACAAUGGCUAUGGAUUUCAGUUUCCUGUCACUCCUGCACACCGCCCUGGAGAGAGCUCUGGCCAACCAAGUUCUCCAGGAGAGAAGCAACAAAGACAAUAAGACACAUAUACACAGCCCUUACAAGUGCUUUAAGACUUUGAAAAUAGGAUCUUCUGUUUGUCCAGAGUGGCAUGUGCAAUUGAAAUCAUAUAGUCCGGGGAAUUUCUUUGAAAAUAUUUUACUCUUCUGCCUGGUGUAGAAAGAAAGAGUGAGCAAAGGGAUUGAAUGAUAAGUAGACAAGUUGGAGGGUCUGACGCUCAAGAAUCUGUCUUUUGUUUGUUGCUGGGUGUGGGUACUUAUAUUUUUCCAUUUCCACUCACUGUAGGGUUGUUCACAAAUUAAGUUAAAUUUUACUUAAUAAUGGUCUUUUAAACAUAAUUGAUACAAUGACAAAAUGAAAUUUCUGGCCUCAGUUAGAUAUUUACUUUUAAGUGAAAACACGGACUAUGCUUUAAGUUUAAAGGGUAUAGGAGCUUAUACAAAAGCUGCUCUUUUGCAUCAUGUAGGUAUCUAAACUCAAUUUACCCAGUAAGCUGAUGUUUAAUAGUUUUUUUUUAACAUCUUUAUUGGAGUAUAAUUGCUUUACAAUGGUGUGUUAGUUUCUGCUUUAUAA